AUGGAGCUCCGCGGUCUCUGGGUGUCCUCUCUGCUGCUCCUGGCUCUGCAGACUCUGGUGGUGGUCCCGGCUGGGUCUCUGGCUCUGGGGCGGUUGGAGCGAUGGGUCCGGUCUGGACUUCAGUCUCUGCAGUGGAACCAGCUGAACCGGUGUCUGCGGACGUCUGGCAUGUCUGAGGCGGAGUGCAGGAGGCUGUCCCAUCUCCCGCUGUCCUCUGUGGCCGUGUACGUGUCCGAGCCUCCGACUGCAGCAGGCUCUUCGGACAAGGUGGUGGCCGUUCUCCCCGACACCUCGGUACCGCUGGGUCACAAACCUCGGGGCAGCUACAGUGGGCUGAACGCAGGCUCCCACAGACACCAGGCCUUCCCCAGCUCCACGGCCCAUGAUGCAGUGCUGCUGCUAGACCCAAGUCCAGGGGAGAACUUUGGACACCCGGUGGUUCUGUUCUAUGUGGACCUGAACGUGACCAAGAAGAGGUGCUCCCAUUUAGACGGCAUUUACCUGGGGGAGGAGUGUCUGACUUUGGCGCUGAAAGGGCAGUGCCAGAACCAGCUGAAGCGUCGCCUUCGAGCCGGGAUCAUCAGUGGAUCCAGUCGGACGGUGGAGCGGACCAUCGGGGGGCUCUGUGAGGUCCACUUCCUCCCACUGGUGGUCAGUGAGUUAGACAACAACCACACCCAGAGACUGACAUGUGUGGAUCACACAGAGUUUGCACCGUGCCCUCGGCCCCUGCCCCUGGGACCCCCCAGUGUCCCGGCCCCCAGCCUCCCGGCCCCCAGCUGUGAGCUCAACAAAAACACUCGCCGCUGUCAUCAGCAGCCUCUGGCCACACAUCUGUCCUGCCGCCUCUACCAGACCUGUGACCACGCCCUGCUCCUGUCAGGGGGAUGGCAACGACAUAUGACUUUCCAGCACCAUGUACAAAACCUUCAGAAGUUUUACCAAAUGCUGCGCAACAAUGGUUUUCAUAAAAGUAACAUCAAGACCUUUUUUGCCAACGGUGGACCAUCCUUAGAGGAUGUAGAAGGCGUGUAUCCUGCCACAGAGAAGGCGGCCAUUCGUAACCACGUGUCGUACGUUUGCCGGAAGCAGCACUGUGCAGACUCUUUGGUGCUGUUCCUAAACUCGCCCACACGCAGCGAUGGGACCAUGCUUCUGUGGGACGCCAACCUCGAUGGAAUUGCGGACUUGAAGGAGCGAUACUCGGUGAACGAGCUGCUCGCUGACCUGGCGGGCUGCCGGGCCACUCGGGUUCUGCUCUUUGUGGAUCAAAGCUACAGCGGGAAUCCUUCAAAGCAGUCCCAUAUGUACCAGAGGGAGAGCCUAGACUGGGACCAGGACAACUGGGUGUCCAUCAGCCCGGCCACAUGUCUCCAGGACCAUUUUGGAAAGGAUGCUGGGACAUCCCACCUGCUGGAGCCUUGGGCUGGUCUUCUGAAUGUGACCCUGGCUGGAGCUCCAUGUCAUGUCAUACCUCCUCUCUCAGACGGCGAGAUGCGGAGGCAGUACCAGGGCUGCCAAAACCUGCCCACGGCUCUGUGGCACCAGAACCUACGCAGAGUCAACUAG